CUCAAUUUCCCAUGGAAAAGCCACAAAACACUCUCUUUGUUCUUCCCAUGGCAACCAAUCAGUCUGCACACAGUAACAUUUCCUUUAUUAACUAUCUGCAGUCCCUCUCUCAAACCCCUCACAGACUUAGGAGGAGAAUGCUAGCAACAUGGACCCCAGCCCAAGAGCUCAACCAAGUAAGACUAAGGUCUGGUGCUGAUAUGAAGAGGAAACUCAAGUUGUAUGAUCUGGUAGCUCUUGGUGUCGGUGGAAUGCUUGGUGUUGGUGUUUUUGUCACCACUGGUCGUGUUGCCCGGGAAGUCUCUGGCCCCUCAGUCUUCAUAUCUUAUGUUAUUGCUGGGUUAUCAGCACUUCUCUCCUCUUUGUGCUACACUGAAUUUUCUGUUCAGAUUCCUGUUGCUGGUGGUGCCUUCAGUUUCCUAAGAGUAACCUUUGGAGAAUUUGUGGGGUAUUUUGCUGGAGCAAACAUACUGAUGGAAUAUGUAUUAUCAAACGCUGCUGUGGCAAGAACCUUUACUGAAUACUUAUGCUCUGCCUUUGGAGUUGAAGAUAAAAGUUGCUGGAGAGUGAAAGUGGAUGGAUUAGUAGAGGGCUACAAUCAUCUGGAUCUCCCAGCCGUCAUGCUUAUUCUUCUUCUAACUAUCUGUUUAUGCUAUAGUACAAAGGAAAGCUCAACCUUGAACUCUAUUAUGACAGUCUUUCAUGUGGUUUUCUUUGGAUUCAUUAUAAUUGUUGGGUUCUCCAAUGGGAGUGCAAGUAAUUUGGUGAAGCCAAGAGGGCUAACCCCUAAUGGAGCUAGAGGCAUGCUUGAUGGGGCAGCUCAAGUUUACUUAAGCUAUAUUGGUUAUGACUCGGUUUCAACCAUGGCUGAAGAGAUUCAGAACCCUUCAGUGAGCCUCCCUGUGGGUAUCGUUGGUUCUGUCCUCAUUGUUUCAGCACUUUACUGCCUCAUGGCCUUGUCUUUGUGUGUGAUGAUUCCUUACGAUGAGAUAUCAAAAGAUGCAUCAUAUUCAGAGGCUUUCAAGAAGAUUGGGUGGGAGUGGGCAGGGAAUGUUGUUGGGGCUGGAGCAAGCUUCGGCAUUGUGGCUUCUCUGCUGGUUGCCAUGCUAGGCCAAGCAAGGUACCUUUGUGUUAUGGGAAGGGCCAGGUUGGUCCCAUCUUGGUUGUCCAAGGUUCAUCCUUCCACAGGCACCCCUUUGAAUGCCACUCUCUUCUUGGGGUUUUGCACAGCAUCCAUUGCACUCUUCAUGGACCUCGGCAUAGUGUUUCAAAUCAUCAACCUCGGCACCCUACUUGUGUUCUACUUGGUGGCAAAUGCUCUUAUUUAUCAUAGAUAUGCAAUAACAAGCAACAAUCCUCCCUUGCACAUUCUAAUUUUCCUCUUCCUCCUCUCCUCCAGUGCCAUUGGCUUCUCAAUAUCACACAACCUGAAAAAUCAAUGGUGGGGUUUGCCACUGUUUGGAGGGGUCAUUAUUGCCACCACAGCCGGCUUCCACUACAUGGUGCCUUGCCGCCUUAGUCAGCAGUGGUCUGUACCUUUGAUGCCGUGGCCAGCAGCCAUAUCCAUUUUCCUUAAUGUCUUCCUCAUGACAACACUAAAUAUUUUAUCUUUCAAGGUGUUUGGGAUAUGGGCAUGCUUGAUAACCUUGUUCUAUGUGUUGUAUGGAGUUCACUCAACUUAUGAAGCAGAAGAGAUGGAGAUGGGUGUAAGGCAUGAAGUUCCAACCCCAUCAACCCAAGAAAGCAAGCUAGACAUACAAGUGCCCUAGCUUAUUAUUAUUAUUAUUAUUAUUUUGAUAAUGCAUCAGCUCAUUAUUAGUGCUAAAGCUUCCCAUGUCCUUUUCCUUCUUUUUCUUUCUAAGAAUUCUUUUUAGCUUUUGGGGCUCCUCAAACUUAGAUUUCAUGGAGCUCACUUUAAAUGUCUCUAUUGAACUUUGUUGUGGGCAACCUUGUUUUUCUCCAUGGGAUGCGGUGAUUCCAUCAUCAUUUGUAAAUAUAUAAGUUAACAGAUU